GCCGUUGCCAGGCGAAGUGAGAGGGCGGGUCCGAAGGGGAGGGACCAACCGAUGGACCAGCCGGGCCUGGAGCGGAGUCUGCUGCAAGAGCUGCUCUUCGGAAAGGCCUCGCGAAAUGUGGGCGUAGCGUGGAGGCGAAACAGCCCCUAGUCUUGCCGGGCCCAGGGCCCGUCGCAAGGCGUCGAGGAGGGAGCGCCUGGAUAGGCGGAUGUCUUCGCCGCCGCUGCUGCCCGGAGCCUGAGGCGGCGGCUCUUUCCUCCUCCUCUUCGCCUUCCCUCUCCGCCUCGCUCGGCCUCUCCCUCCUGCCUUGACCGACCAGUCGCUCAGCUCGCUCUCCUCAGCCGCCGCCGCCACCACCAUGUCGGCCAAGGUUCGGUUGAAGAAGCUGGAGCAGCUGCUCUUGGAUGGGCCCCGGCGCAACGAAAGCGUCCUGAGCGUCGAGGGGCUGCUGGACCUCCUGGUCGGGCUCUACACCGAGUGCAGCCGCGACUCGCCGCUUCGCAGAGACAGGCUCGUCUCCGACUUCCUCGAGUGGGCCAAACCAUUUACCCAGUUGGUGAAGGAAAUGCAACUUCAUCGAGAUGACUUUGAAAUCAUAAAAGUCAUUGGCAGAGGUGCAUUUGGUGAGGUUGCAGUUGUAAAAUUGAAGUGCACAGAGCGCAUUUAUGCAAUGAAAAUCCUAAAUAAAUGGGAAAUGCUUAAAAGGGCAGAGACUGCUUGUUUCCGAGAAGAGAGAGAUGUUUUGGUGAAUGGAGACUGUCAGUGGAUUACAACGUUGCACUAUGCUUUUCAGGAUGAAAACUAUUUGUAUUUAGUAAUGGACUACUAUGUGGGUGGUGAUUUGUUGACAUUACUUAGCAAGUUUGAAGACAAGCUUCCGGAAGAUAUGGCCAGGUUCUACAUUGGUGAAAUGGUUCUUGCUAUUCAUUCCAUUCAUCAGCUGCAUUAUGUGCACAGAGAUAUAAAACCUGACAAUGUUUUAUUGGAUGCGAAUGGUCACAUACGCCUGGCAGAUUUUGGAUCCUGCUUAAAGAUGAGCGAGGAUGGCACUGUACAAUCUUCAGUCGCAGUGGGCACCCCUGAUUAUAUUUCCCCUGAAAUACUGCAAGCCAUGGAGGAUGGCAUGGGAAAAUAUGGACCUGAAUGUGAUUGGUGGUCCCUAGGUGUUUGCAUGUAUGAAAUGUUAUACGGAGAAACACCUUUUUAUGCAGAGUCACUGGUGGAAACCUAUGGGAAGAUUAUGAAUCAUGAAGAGAGGUUCCAGUUUCCAUCUCAUGUUGCUGACGUAUCUGAAGAAGCAAAAGACUUAAUCCAACGACUUAUCUGCAGCAGGGAACGUCGUCUGGGGCAGAAUGGAAUAGAAGAUUUCAAAUCACAUGCAUUUUUUGAAGGACUCAAUUGGGAUAAUAUCCGAAAUUUAGAAGCACCUUACAUUCCAGAAGUUAGCAGUCCUUCAGAUACAUCCAAUUUUGAUGUAGACGAUGAUAUAUUGAGAAAUCCUGAGAUGAUACCCCCUGGUUCUCAUACUGGCUUUUCUGGGUUGCAUUUACCUUUUGUUGGCUUUACCUACACAACAGAAAGCUGUUUUUCUGAUCGAGGUUCACUUAGAAGUGUAAUGCAGUCCAGUAGCAUAACCAAAGAUGAGGAUGUUCAACGUGACCUAGAGAAUAGUUUGCAAAUAGAGGCAUAUGAGAGAAGAAUACGAAGACUGGAACAGGAGAAGCUGGAACUAAGUAGGAAGUUGCAAGAGUCCACCCAGGCUCUUCAGUCCCUUCAUGGUUCUACUCGCUUAACAAUGAACACAAAUAGGGAUAAAGAAAUAAAAAAGCUAAAUGAAGAAAUUGAACGUUUGAAAAAUAAAAUAGCAGAUUCAAAUAGGUUAGGACGGCAGUUUGAAGAAGCAGUGACCUUGCGACAGGAACAUGAAGACUCCACCCACAAGUUAAAAGGCCUUGAAAAGCAAUGCAGGAUACUAAGGCAGGAGAAGGAAGAUCUCCAUAAGCAAUUUCUUGAGGCAUCUGAAAGAUUAAAGAUACAGUCGAAAGAAUUAAAGGAUGCUCAUCAACAAAGAAAACUAGCAAUGCAGGAGUUCUCAGAAUUGAAUGAGAGGAUGGCAGACUUGCGUUCUUACAAGCAAAAACUCACUCGACAACUCCGUGACAAAGAGGAAGAAGUGGAAGUGAUCAUGCAGAAAACAGACACUAUGAGACAAGAAAUGCGUAAAUUGGAAAAAGCAAGGAAAGAGCUAGAAGGACAGCUUGAUGAUGCACUAGCAGAAGUAUCAAAAGAGCGGAAACUUAGAGAAUGUAGUGAAAAAGCAACUAAACAGCUGGAAAAUGAACUGGAAACACUAAAGGUAAAGCAGGGAGGGCGUGGUGCAGGAAUGGCCAUGCAGGAGCAUCAGAAAGAGCUAGCUAAGGAGAACUCAGAGCUUCAGAAUAAAAUUUCAUUUUAUGAAGAAGAGUUGGUCAGGCGAGAAGCUUCCCAUGUCUUGGAAGUAAAAAAUGUGAAAAAAGAGGCACAUGAUAUAGAAAGCCAUCAGCUUGCCCUUCAAAAAGAAAUCAUGGUAUUAAAAGAUAAACUGGAUAAGGCAAAAAGAGAGAAGCACAGUGAGAUGGAAGAAGCUGUGGGAACUCUAAAAGACAAGUAUGAACGAGAGAGAACAAUGUUGUUUGAAGAUAACAAGAAAUUAACGACUGAAAAUGAAAAGCUUUGUUCCUUUGUCGAUAAAUUGACAUCGCAAAACAGACAAUUAGAGGAUGAGCUUCAGGAUUUGGCAGGAAAGAAAGAAUCUGUGGCCCAUUGGGAAGCUCAAAUUGCAGAAAUCAUUCAGUGGGUCAGUGAUGAAAAAGAUGCACGUGGCUAUCUUCAGGCACUAGCUUCUAAGAUGACAGAAGAACUUGAAUCAUUGAAAAGCUCUAGUCUGGGAUCAAGAACACUGGAUCCACUCUGGAAAGUGAGACGUAGUCAGAAGCUGGAUAUGUCAGCAAGGCUGGAAUUACAGUCUGCUCUUGAUGCUGAAAUACGUGCCAAACAGCUAGUCCAAGAAGAAUUAAGGAAAGUGAAAGAUGCCAACCUGUCCUUUGAAAGCAAACUAAAGGAAUCUGAAGCAAGAAAUCAGGAACUCUUAGAAGAAGUUGAAGGUUUUAAAAAGAAACUGGAGGAAAAAUACCGAUCAGAUUCAGGUCUUAAACUUUCAGAUUUCCAAGUUUCCAUUUUUGACUACUUCAAUACCUCUCCUCUUACGCAUGAUCUGACUUUCAGAACAAAUUCUGUUAGUGAGCAGGAGGUACAAGCUACAAAGGCCGAGGUGGCACUGUCAACAUCUGUUGCAACUGCAGAACAGCAGCAGCAAGAAUUUUUUGCAAUUCAGGAACCAAUUCGGCUUCAGAGGAUGCCUGCUGCUCCUUCCCCCACCAUUCAGUCCAUUUCUCUAGCUGUACCAAAGCCUAAAGCUCAUCAACUAAGUAUCAGAUCCUUUUCAAGCCCAACUCAAUGCAGCCACUGUACAUCUCUCAUGGUGGGAUUGAUUAGACAGGGUUAUGCUUGCGAUGUGUGUUCGUUUGCAUGCCACAUUACCUGCAAAGACAGUGCACCGCAAGUCUGUCCUAUACCUCCAGAGCAAGCCAAGAGACCCCUUGGAGUAGAUGUUCAAAGAGGCAUAGGAACAGCCUAUAAGGGCUAUGUCAAGGUUCCAAAGCCAACAGGAGUUAAGAAAGGAUGGCAGCGGGUUUAUGCAGUUGUCUGUGACUGUAAACUUUUCCUCUAUGAUGUGCCUGAAGGAAAAUCCACUCAGCCAGGAGUUGUUGCAAGCCAAGUUAUGGAUCUCAGAGAUGAAGAGUUUUGUGUGAGUUCUGUCCUAGCAUCGGAUGUUAUACAUGCAACCCGUAAAGAUGUUCCUUGUAUAUUCAGGGUAUGUUCAUUUGACUAAUUUGUACAAAUACAAUUCAUGUUUUACUCUAUGAUUGCUAAAAAAUAAAGUUUUACAAAAUUUUCCAGUCUAAGCAAAACAAAACUGUUAGCUUUCCAUAGCUACUCUAUCGAAGGUUGAUUAUGGGUUUACAAUUUAAUAAUUUAGUCACAGAAAUAGUUUUUAUUAUAUUUGUUUUCUAAUUUUCUUUUAGAAUCUGUCUAAAAGGGUGAUAAGACAGUAGUGAAACAUGUUCAGCUAGUUUAUGCAAUUAUAUGACACACAUUUGUGUGUGUGUGUAUAUGCAGCUUGAUAUCUUCUCUCUUGGGAAGAGGUGGUCUUGUCUGAUG